AGGGGAAAGUUUGCUGUCGUUAAGAAAUGUAUUAACAAUGAAACAAAGGAGGUUGUAGCAGCUAAGUUUAUAAAGAAGAGAAGAAAAGGAAAGAGUGCAAGGGAAGAGAUUUUACGAGAAGUUGUUAUGUUAGAAAUGGCCAUGUCACAUCCCCGACUGGUAGAUUUAUUAGAAGUAUAUGAAACUCCUUCAGAGCUCAUAUUGAUAACAGAAUAUUGUGAAGGAGGAGAGUUGUUCCAUGAAUGUGUUAUAGAAGAAUCAUUUCAAGAACAAGAUGUGGUGAAGUUAGUCAUCCAGAUUCUAGAGGGUUUGGUGUUUUUACAUGAACAGAAAAUAGUCCAUCUUGACUUGAAGCCCCAGAAUAUUCUGUUAACGAAGCCAUUUCCCCAUGGUAAUAUAAAGAUCUGUGAUUUAGGUUUUGCUUGUUUAGUUCAUAAAGGUGAAGACAUAAGAGAUAUAAUAGGCACAGCUGAUUAUGUUGCACCAGAAGUGUUAGAUUAUGAACCACUAGACAUUCAAACUGAUAUGUGGAGUAUGGGAGUAUUAACCUAUGUCAUGUUAACAGCUUUCUCUCCGUUUGCUGGUGAUAACCAACAAGAAACAUUCUGUAAUAUCUCAACAGUUAAACUCGAUUUUCCAGAAGAACUAUUUGACGAUAAAUCAGAGCAUUGUAAAGAUUUCAUCUCAAAACUUCUAGUUAAAAAUUCAAGGAAAAGAUUAACAGCUCGUCAGUGCCUUGAACACCCAUGGUUAAAAUCUUACGUUAUUCAA